AUGGUGACUUCUAGCUCGGUGAUCGUCCUAACGCUCUGGGCCGCACUGGUCAGUGCGAGCCCCGUUGCCGAUCCGCUGGUGACCCCCGCCCCUAAGCUCGAGGAUCUGGAGAAGCGCGCAACCUCCUGCACGUUCUCCGGCUCUGAGGGGGCCUCGUCUGCCAGCAAGUCCAAGACCUCGUGCUCCACCAUCGUGCUGUCCGACGUGGCAGUGCCCUCAGGCACCACGUUGGAUCUGACCGAUCUGAACGACGGGACUCACGUCAUCUUCGAAGGCGAAACCACCUUCGGUUACGAGGAAUGGAGCGGACCUCUUGUCUCAGUCUCCGGAACUGACAUCACCGUCACCGGGGCCGAUGGCGCCUAUCUCAACGGUGACGGCAGUCGUUGGUGGGAUGGCGAGGGCAGCAACGGCGGCAAGACGAAGCCCAAGUUCUUCUACGCCCAUGAUCUGACCUCGUCCACGAUCAGCGGGAUCUACAUCCAGAACUCGCCGGUGCAGGUGUUCAGCAUUGACGGGUCGACGUAUCUUACCAUGGAGGACAUCACCAUUGACAACACGGAUGGCGAUGAUGGCGAGGCGGCCAACACCGAUGGGUUCGACAUUGGUGAUAGCACGUACAUUACCAUCACGGGUGCCAAUGUAUACAACCAAGAUGACUGUGUGGCGGUGAACUCGGGCGAGAACAUUUACUUUUCGGGCGGCGUCUGCUCUGGUGGCCACGGGCUGUCGAUCGGUUCCGUCGGCGGUCGGAGUGACAACACCGUGAAGAACGUGACCUUCUACGACUCGGAGAUCAAGAGCUCUCAGAACGGAGUCCGCAUCAAGACCAUCUACGGCGACACUGGAUCGGUCAGUGAGGUCACCUACAAGGAGAUUACCCUGUCCGAUAUCACCGACUAUGGCAUUGUGGUGGAGCAAAACUAUGACGAUACGAGCAAAUCCCCGACCGAUGGAAUCACCAUCGAAGACUUUGUCCUGGACAAUGUGCAGGGCAGUGUGGAGAGCUCGGGCACCAACAUCUACAUCGUCUGCGGAUCAGACAGUUGCACGGACUGGACUUGGACGGAUGUGGAUGUGAGUGGAGGGAAGACCAGCUCCGACUGUGAGAAUGUGCCGGACGAUAUCAGCUGUUAG